AUGAGCUGCUUUUGGUUCUUCGUGGUCCUGGCAUUGGGAGGGUAUCUUCUGGCCUCCUGGUUCCUGCUGAAGAAGCCCCACCUUCUCCACAGGAGGAAACGCACUGCCUUCUACUGCACGCACAUCUCCCACAGAGGAGGAUGUGGAGAGAAGAUAGAAAGCACAAUGGAGGCAUUCACUCAUGCAGUGAAGGAGGGAACACAGAUGCUAGAACUGGACUGUCAUGUGACGCGCGACGGACAUGUGGUUGUGUCACAUGAUGAGAAUCUACUCAGGCAGACGGGACAUGACGUCACCAUCUCCUCACUCAGGCUGCAGGAUUUACCUUUGUACAAGGACAGACUUGAGGUGACUUUCAAUGCGGGUCACUACAGUCAUGGUGCAGACAGGAAGUUCCCUUUGCUGGAGGAUCUGUUCCAAAAGUUCCCAGAAAUUCCAAUCAGCAUUGAGAUUAAAGAGAACAACAACCAGCUGAUAGAAAAGAUAUCUGCGCUGGUCCAACGCUAUCGCAGGGAGGAGAUCACUGUGUGGGCAUCUGUGAACUCAACAAUCAUGAGCAAAUGCCGCAAAACAAAUGGCGCCAUGCCGUACAGCUUCUCCAUGCACCAAGGGCUGCUCCUCCUGCUCCUCUUCUACAGCGGCCUGCUGCCCUUCGUGCCGCUGGGAGAGAGCCUACUGCAGUUCUACCUGCCGCGCAUAAUCAACAGGUCCUUUAUUCCCCAAAAGAAGAUCCUGAGGAACAGACUGAUCGUGACGUUGAUAGAAAAAGUCACGAUGAGGAAAAGUCUCUUUGAACAUCUUGCAGCUCGUGGGAUUCAGGUGCAUUUGUUUGUGUGCAAUAAGGACGAAGACAUAAGGGCGGCGUUGGAGGUGGGAGCCACGGGGGUGAUGAGUGACUACCCUUCACGUCUGUCACGCACCCUCAGUAGAAUCAAACGUCAAGAGUGACCUGUCUGCUCACACGUGGCAGCUUUCUGGUGCACAACACACCAGACUGAAAUGUAG